AAAAACUACCUUUUCCUCAAUCGAUAAAGAUGUAUUUAAUGAAUUUCUUGGUUAUGGAGGACGCGGAUUUAAUGAUGCAAAUGAAUUUGCCAGUCCAAAUUUCGAAUUUCCAGCUUGUCAUAAUGUAAAAGUUAUUUCAAAAAGAUUAAAAACCUUGAUGAUCUUUAGACCGAAAAUUGAAUAA